UUAAAAGCUAAGUAAGAAUCUAAUCUGGUGGUGGUUUUGAUGCAUUGCCGUUCGGUUUGGCAAUCUCUCGAAUUCGAGCUUUUAAUCUCUCCCAUUUCUUCCGUGGAAGCUGCUCCAUUGGUUAAUUUGGUUUGCAUUUGGAUUUGAAAUGUUUUUUAGGUUUGAUCUUAUGCUUAAUCACUAAUUGUAAUUAUUUGAGGUGUUUUACGGAUAAUAUGGUUGCGAAAACCGGGUUAAGUUUGGAUUUGCACGUUUGGUGAUUCUGAUGUCAUUGGCAUUAUUUGUUUCAAGUUGUUGAUCUAAGGGCAAAGCUGGUUGUCAGUGAGUUGGAUGAUCGGUCACCUUCCCAGUCACCAGGAUGCAGUUCAGAGCCUUUGCACAAGAGCAGUGUUAAAGAAUUAACAGAUAAGCACUCGAGAGCCUUAGAACUUCAUUCUGCUUCUGAAGCCCCCAUUGUGGAAGCUGAGACGACGUUGCAAGAAGCCAUUGAAACAUUCAGUCAAAGAGAUUUGGAAGCUAAUGGAUUUUCUGUUUCCAACGACAUCUGUGCUCCUGCGAGAGAUAUCCAGACUUCAAGAACAGCUCAAUCAACAAAGAGCACGAGAAGCUGCUUUAAUAUCUGAGGUUAAAAAUCUCAAGGCUGAGGCUGCUGAGAAACCUUUAUUGCAGAAUUCUCUCAAGGAACUGCAAACCAAGUUAGCUCGCUGUGAAGAAGAGAGCAGAAAACUAGCUGAGGCAAAUAGAAAGCUUAAAGUAGAUGUGUCUACAUGCAAGUCCAAACAAAGUGACCUUGAUGCAAAAUAUUCCACUGCUGUUGCUAAGAAGGAUGAAUCAGUUGAACAACUUCAGGCUGCAAAAAGGACUAUUGAAGAUUUAACGCAGCAACAUUCUUCUCAAGGGCAGAAACUACAAUCUCAGAUAUCUUCGCUUCUGGAUGAGAACCGCCUGCUUAAUGAAGUGCGUCAAAAUACUAAGAAGGAACUCCAGCAAGCGAUAUCUAACAUUGAAGAACAGCUCAAUCAACAAAGGGCACAAGAAGCUGCUUUAAUAUCUGAGGUUAAAAAUCUCAAGGCUGAGGUUGCUGAGAAACCUUUAUUGCAGAAUUCUCUCAAGGAACUGCAAACCAAGUUAGCUCGCUGUGACGAAGAGAGAAGAAAACUAGCUGAGGCAAAUAUAAAGCUUGAAGAAGAUGUGUCUACAUACGAGUCCAAACAAAGUGACCUUGAAGCAAAAUAUUCCACUGCUGUUGCUGAGAAUGAUGAAUCAGUUGAACAACUUCAGGCUGCAAAAAGGACAAUUGAAGAUUUAAAGCAGCAGUAUUCUUCUCACGGGCAGAAACUACAAUCUCAGAUAUCUUUGCUUACGGAUGAGAACAGCCUGCUUAAUGAAGUGCAUCAAAAUACUAAGAAGGAACUCCAGCAAGCGAUAUCUAACCUUGAAGAACAGCUCAAUGAACAAAAAACAGGAGAAGCUGCUUUAAAAUCUGAGGUUGAAAAUCUCAAGGCUGAGGUUGCUGAGAAGCCUUUGUUGCAAAAUUCUCUCAAGGAACUGCAAACCAAGUCAACUCACUGUGAAGAAGAGAGCAGAAAACUAGCUGAGGCAAAUAUAAAGCUUAAAGAAGAUGUGUCUACAUACGAGUGCAAACAAAGUGACCUUGAAGCAAAAUAUUCCACUGCUGUUGCUGAGAAGGAUGAAUCAGUUGAACAACUUCAGGCUGCAAAAAGGACUAUUGAAGAUUUAAUGCAGCAGCAUUCUUCUCAAGGGCAGAAACUACAAUCUCAGAUAUCUUCGCUUACAGAUGAGAACAGCCUGCUUAAUGAAGUGCAUCAUAAUACUAAGAAGGAACUCCAGCAAGUGAUAUCCAACCUUGAAGAACAGCUCAAGGAACAAAAAGCAGGAGAAGCUGCUUUAAGAUCUGAGUUGAAAAUCUCAAAGCUGAGGUUGCUGAGAAAACUUUGUUGCAAAAUUUUCUCAAGGAACUCGAAGAGAAAUUGGUGAAAACUGAAGCUCGACUGCAAAAAGAGGUUGAAAGCAUUAAGGCGACUGUAGCGAAAAGAGAGGCAGAGGCUUCCCCAAUGUCGAGUGUUAAGUUCAUCGUGGGAGUGGCUAUGGUGUCUGCGAUCAUUGGCCUGAUUCUUGAGAAACGAUACUAGAUCAAGUUUUU